GUGCCGGUCAAGGCGUCGUCGUCAAGCGCUCGUUCCUUGUUGAUAUCCUCGGAGAAAAAGAGGUGAAAUAAUAAUAGAAGAAGAAAGGCAGCUAAAAGAGACUCACUUGGAAGCAAAAAGAAAGGAAAAAAAAGGCAAACUUUCUCGUACCGCAAAGGCAAACUUUCUCGAAGUGUUAUGCAUGCUUAUCCUUCUGGAGAUCACGAUUUCGAAUGCUGGACUCUAUCGGUCAUUACGAAGCAUAUUGACUUGUGUCUAGUCAUGCAGCUAUAUCAUCAUCCAUUCUCAAUGGACAGCCAGAAAGUGCGGCUAGUAUUGGAAGAGAAAGGGAUUGAUUAUACAUCAUACCAUGUUAAUCCUCUGACAGGAAAGAACAUGGAUGCCUCAUUCUUUCGCAUGAACCCAACCGCAAAACUUCCUGUCUUCCAAAAUGGUGCCCACAUCAUUUUUCGAGCCAUUGAUAUAAUUCAGUACAUCCACAGACUCACCGUCUCUCUAAAUGGAGAGGAUAAACCCAUCAGUAAUGAGGUUAUGGAAUGGAUGCAAAAGAUUGAAGGCUGGAGUUCCAAGAUUUUUACCCUCUCUCAUGUCCCAGACAAGUAUCGCCUAUUCGUUUCGAAAUUUAUUCGACGAGUAGCGAUUGCUCGGAUGGCCGAAGCUCCAGAUAUGGCCAGUGUGUAUCAUGGGAAGCUUCGAGAGGCCUACGAUACAGAGGACAAAUUGAAGGAUCCUGAUAUUGUGAAACAGAGCGAGGAAAAACUGGCUAGACUCCUUGAUGAUGCAGAAAUGCAGCUGAAUGAAACGAAAUAUCUUGCUGGUGAUGAGUUCACCAUAGCUGAUACAAUGUUUGUUCCAGUGCUGGCUCGUAUAACUCUUCUUGGUCUGGAAGAAGAGUUAAUCAAUUCCAGACCCAAGAUAGCAGAGUACUAUAACUUCAUUAAGCACAGACCCAGUUAUAAAGUAGUCAUUGGAAAGUAUUUCUCGGGAUGGAGGAGGCACCAAACAUUUCUGAAGACUAUGUUCUUUCUUGGCAUAAGAAGCUUGUUUAGAAGGUACUAGAGGUUCAUACUGCCAAUGGUGGUUUAAGGAUUUGAAGGGCUCAAUGUACUGUAGUGACUAAAUGCAGAAGGAAUGUAUGAUAGGAGCAACAGGUGGAAUAUCAGUGAGACUUGUUCCUUCAUUAUUUUUUAAGGGAGGAACCUUACAAAUAAUAAACCAAAAUUGUGCUUGAUGAGGUCAGAUCCAGUUGAUUAGAUUGAGUGGCUCUUUGGUGAUUGCAUGGUUUGGCGCUUCUCUCUUGAACCAUGCAUAUAUCUUCUAUGCGGUGGAUAAGAAAAGUCAUCCUUUUGUACAAUGGCAACUUCUCUUCUACUACAAGCUCUCUGUUACGAGCUAUGUAUAUGUUGCAAGGUGGAAACAAUGUUCCCAUCUAUUUCCUUGGACUCUGUUCUUUGAUUUACUGCUGAGAUGUACAGUGCUUCAUCUGUAAUGAGUAUUUAUUUAUUGUUAUACAGUGCUUCAUCUGUUCUUAGUCCAUGGUAUCUAUGGAUUGAGUUCUCUUUUCCAGA